AAGGCUUCCUGGGACAGACUAUUGAGAUGUUGAUGAACAGUGUGGUGCACAGUGGGGAGGAUGCUGUCCCACCUGUGCAGAUCUUCAGAUGCCCCCACGAAGGAUGUGGAGCCACGUUCAGCAGGGAGCGGCGCUUGAGGGAACACCAGAACACCCAUACUGGGGAGCGACCCCUGCAAUGCCCUGAGCCCGGCUGCCACCGCAAAUACUUCAGGAAGUCGCACCUGAGCCGCCACCAAGUGCGUCACACGGGGCAGAAGAGCUUCAGAUGCACGGUCGCGAGCUGCGGCGGGAGCUUCUACGCGCCGGACAAGCUGAAGAGGCACGUGCGGUAUGCGCACGGCGACAAGGACGCGUCUUUCCAGUGCCAUUUCCCAGACUGCACCAUGAUGUUCCGGAAGCGUAAGGCGUACAAGAGUCACCUGAUUGCACAUGGCAUCGCUCCAGUUUUUAAGUGUAAGGCCGAUGGCUGUGCAGCCACGUUUGAGACCUCCUCUGCCUGCAGAGCACAUGGAAAGACUCAUACAGGGUACAGUUGCCCACAGCCAGACUGCCAGAUAGUGACAGACACCUGGGGGAAGAUGUGCAAACACUUGCAGGAGCACACAGUUACAUACACCUGUAAGGAAUGCCAGAAGAGCUUCGGGAAACGUGGUGCACUACGGCGCCACAAGCGCAGUCAUGGUUUGCAGAAGCCGGUGCUCCGCUGCACCAGCCCAGACUGCAAGGCCUACUUCACCACCACCUUCAAUCUGCAGCACCACAUCCGCAAGGUCCACCUGCAGCUGCUAAAGUACCCUUGCAAUUAUCCAGAGUGUUCGCGUGCCUUUGCCAUGCGUGAGAGCUUGAAUAGGCACCUUUUGCACCAUGACCCUAGUAGCUACAAACUGAAGAGGCAGCGGAGGGUCAACAAGAGCUGGCGGAAGCGUCUGGAAAGACACAAGCAAUGGCCCUUGGUGGAGGAUGACCUGAGCAACUUAUUUGCCUUGCGCAUGCGGCUACCACGCUGCCUGAUGCUGGAAGCCAACUUGACGAGGCUCUUCAAUGAGCGUCUGAUUCCACACCCCGUGGAGCCUGAGGUCAACCUGCGUGACCUUUUCAACCUGAAGCCAGACCAUGCACUGGAUGCAACCCAGCCCUCAUUUUAAACUCAACAGGGCAGAAGUCAUUCAGCUUCUGAGUCUAAAACAUGGCAGUGCCUUUUGAUUGAAAAUGAUUUUUAGUUAAAUUCACUAGAGAAUUGAAUUUGCAGCUGUGGUUUAUAGCUGAGCUUUAUUUUUGACAUGCUUCCAUUUGUUGGAUGACCCCAAUAAAGAAUUACCUCCGGUACUGGUAAA